UCUAGUAAGCCACGCAAAAGCUUCUUCAACCACACACAGCCAACAUGAAAUUCAUCAUUGUUUUCGCCGCUCUCUUCGCCUUGGCUUUGGCCGCUCCCGCCGAAGAUGCUGUUGUCCUUAAGAGCGAAUCUGAAGUUGGUCCCGAAUCUUUCCAAUAUGCUUAUGCCACCAGCGAUGGUGUCGAAGCUGAAGCUCAAGGUCAAUUGAAGAAUGUUGGCUCUGAAGAUGAAGCUAUUGUUGUCAAGGGCUCUUACUCCUUCGUUGCUGAUGAUGGCCAAACCUACACCGUCAACUAUGUUGCCGAUGAAAACGGUUUCCAACCCCAAGGUGCCCAUUUGCCCGUUGCCCCUGAAGCCUAA